AACAUUUGAACAAAAUAUCACAUAGGUUGUUUGACUAAAGAUUUAUUUUACCUAUAAACUAGUGUAACGUUAUUUGCCAAGUAUUGUUGCAACUGCCAUUCAUUACCGGAAGAAGAAAAAAACUUUGAUUCUUUCAGGAAUGCAAACAAGUUGACACUAUACAGCCCUACACAAACAUAAUGUGUUUAGUUGGGUCACUGGCCACAGGUUGAGCAACACUGACCAAAGGUUUCCUGAGACCUUACAGGAAAAAACAGAAAAUCAACACUGAACUGCAAGAAUAAGAGCAAAACACAGGAGGAUGACAGAAUUCAGACUUUUGGCUGCUCUGUUGGUAUGGGCUAUUGUAUCCCCCUGUGAUGGCACUUCAACUGAAUUAACUGGACUCUUUGGUAGAAUAAGUUCUCCUGGGUUCCCAAAACCCUAUUCAAAUGAUCUCACCAUGAACUGGAAUAUAAAAGUCCCUGAAGGAUAUCGGAUCAAAAUCUACUUUACAUAUUUCAACCUGGAGCUAUCCUAUUUAUGUGAAUAUGAUUACCUAAAGCUGUCUUCAAAGGGAACUGAGGUGGCACAUUUUUGUGGCAAAGAGAGCACUGAUACAGAGAAAGCCCCUGGAGACUCAGUAUUUUACUCUCUAGAUAACAAAAUGUCUGUCACCUUCAAAAGUGAUUACUCUAAUGAAAAGGAAGUUACUGGUUUUGAGGCAUUCUAUUCCGCAGAAGACAUUAAUGAAUGCAAGGAAACCCCAGAAUCCUGUGAUCACUUCUGUCACAAUCACCUUGGUGGAUUUUCCUGCAGUUGUAGAGUGGGUUUUACAUUACAUAGCAACAAGAAAAUAUGCACAGCACAGUAAAACAACUCUGAUACCAGCUGAAUGACAGAGUCUGGCUCCAUUGCUUCCCUAGGCCCCCCAUGUAAACAAAUGCAAAAGGCUGGAUACAAUGCAGAAUUAUUACAACCACACAGUAAUAACCUGUUCGGCUGAAUAAAAAUGAAAAAAGGA